AUGAGUAAUAAAACUAAAAGUCCUCAAACUAAAGAAGAAGUUGAAAAACUUUUGGAAAAUGAUCAACGGAUAAAAGUAGCCGGUGUGGAUGUUGAUGGAAUUCUUCGUGGAAAAAUUAUUCUAAAGAGUAAAUUUUUAUCCAUUUUAGAGAAUGGAUUCGGAUUUUGUAGUGUAAUUUUCGGAUGGGAUAUGCAUGACAAGACAUACUCUGAAGAGCUCGAGGUAUCCAACCUUGAGAAUGGUUACGCUGACUUAAUUGCCAAAGUCGACAUAUCCACUUACCGUCGUAUACCAUGGGAGAAUAAUAUCCCAUUUUUCUUGUUAUCUUUUUAUGAUCCAACAACAAAAGAAUCACUUCACGUAUGUCCAAGGGGUCUUUUGAAAAACAUCUUAACCAAAUAUGACGCAUUAGGUUUAAAACCGAUGUGUGGCGCUGAAUUUGAGUUUUUCAAUUUCAAAGAAACACCUGAAACAUUAGCAGCUAAACAACAUCAUUUGCCUGAACCAUUAACACAGGGAAUGUUUGGUUAUUGUCCCGGCGUGUAUGAAGCCGCGCUUUCAUAUUCGCAAGCGAUGGAUAUGGCGGAUUCAGCUACAUUGUUUAAGUUGGCCACAAAACAAAUUGGUAUCCUUAGAGGGGUUAUGCCAUGUUUUAUGGCGAAACCACAUCCUGAUCUACCAGGAUGUUCAGGACAUAUGCAUUUUUCACUUAAAAGUAUGAACACAGAAGAAAAUGUUUUUGCCAAAAAAUAUAGUGAAGUCGAUGAAUUAGUGGAAAAUGGAUCAAAUUUAUCAAAUGAAGAAUGGAAAGAUACCAAAGCUAUGAGUGAUAUUAUGAAACAAUUUUUGGCAGGUAUUCUCGUCGGAUUACCAAGUAUUAUGCCUUUACUAGCUCCAAAUAUUAAUAGUUACAAAAGGUUGGUGGAAAAUUAUUGGGCACCCGUAAGUGUUUCAUGGGGUCUCGAAAAUCGAACCGCAGCUAUAAGAGUAAUUUCGCCGCCGACGUCACCAGCAUCAGCAACUAGGAUAGAGUUGAGAGUACCAGGAGCUGAUAUUAACCCAUAUUUUGCAAUUGCUGCUACAUUAGCGUGUGGAUUAUAUGGUAUUGAAAAUAAGUUAUCUGUACCGAUUCCACCUUUAUCAUAUAUUAAUAAUAAAGUAGGCAUUUCACAAGAGGAAAAGACGAAUUUAUUAGCUCAAAAUCAAUUAUCCAAAAGUUUAAAGGAAGCUACCCUGGUCAUGAUGGCCAAAGAUUCCAUAGCUAGAAAAGUAUUAGGUGAUAAGUUUGUUGAUCAUUUUGGUAAAAGUAGAUUACAUGAAUGGAAAUUGUGGGAAACUUGUGUAACUAAUUGGGAAACUAAACGUUAUUUUGAAACUGUUUAA